AUGAGUGACGGGGGAACCCUGUCCGACGGUAGUGGGGUUGUGUGGGGUGUCGCGCAACACCUCACGGCACGGAGUGGAUUUCCCUUUCUGCUGCACCUGGAGGACGCUCAGGUGUGUGUCGACUACCCCGCAACGCAUCACCGCUGCUGUUGGACACGUGCUAUGUUGCAUCCAUUGUGGGAGAACUUUAAAGCCAGCUUCGCGGGAGGAGGUCAGACACAACAAGACACCAGUCUUUUCCAACAGGAACCACGAAAGGGCUCUUCUGCCGCCUCUUUACUUGGAGCCUGUAACACCCUCACGGAGCUGUCGCAGUCUAUUCACUUGCUAUUUAAGCGGCAGCAGCAGCGACCGCCACGUGGAAGUGCAAGCAGGUUACGUUACAUUCAUCUUUCACCUCCUGUUGUGCGUCUCGGGAAGGGAAUUACCGGAACCUUAUCGUUUACAUUUUCUCUUCGCCGUUGCGAAGAUGCGGGUGAGACCACGUCAGCAUUAUUUCCGUCCUUCCUCGCGGUUGAGGUGUGUGAUUCGAUUGCUGCUUUUGUAACGAUCACCGUGGUGGAGGCCCGACGACGUUCAUCUCACUGCAAUAUGACACUCUUGUUGCUAGAGAGCAUAGACAAGGUGGGGAAUGUGGCCACGUACAGUGCUUUUGAUGCGGAGUUACGCCUUGAGUCCUUGCCGCCAUCUUCCUCGUUGUCGUUGCCGUGUGAUUUGUCCUUGUCAUUUAGUGUCUACGCCGCUUUUUACAGUUCCACGGAGACACAACUUCGCCUUGACGAGCCCUUCAUGCACCUCUGGGAUUGGAAGCCUAGUAUGACGCAAGAGGAGCGUUUUGCCGUUGUGAACCCCAAAAUGGACCCUGAAGUUGCCUUCUCCUUGGAGCGACGGCAUCGUGCAAACAUGGAGCGUCGCAUCCGUGCCGCAGUAGCUCGGAUGGAUGGUGUUGGAGAUGCGGCGUGUUUGAAUGGCUCGUCGUCAUCGUUUUUGGGAGCCAAACUUUGUCACAUUGCGACUGUGGAAACGUCUCGCGGUAUUGUGAUGGAGCCAUGCACACAGCCGGGGAACAGUACGCUUGCAGCGGUGAUGCCGAGAUACAUUGUUUGGCCUCUUCAGCUUCUGGUUGCUGACGCUGGAGGUAAAGCGUGGCGAUCUCCUCCCAUCGCAGGCUCUUCAUCCUUGGAAAGGCUUGCGUGUGAAAUGGGUUACCUGGAGGGGCGGAGGAGUGGCGUGGAUGGUAAUGCUUCGAAUCUUGGAGCCGAAAAAGACGGCGGAGUCAUUCAUCAUUUUUGA